ACUAGAUGGCGUAGGCCGCUGUGGUCGAUAAUACAGAGUUGUGGGUUUGAUACUAAAACAAGACUAGAUAUAAAAACUAUCAGUAAAGGUUAGUCAUACUUAAAAAAAAUAAUAAAGAUUACUAGCAGACUUUUAUUUAGACAAUUAAUUAAUAGAGGUAAUUUUAAAAACUAAACUUUUUGUUUAAGUAAUUUGAAACGGCUACAACCAUUAUUCUUUACGAACGAAAGAAAAACCUGCAAAAAUGUUUAAAUAUCAUUGUCGAAACUUUGUAAAAAUAAGCAUGAAUAAAUGGUAUAAGCAAAUUUUUCAGAUGGAUUUCGGACCGAUUGAAUGGCGCCCUAAAUUUGCAACUAAACAGGGUGAAAAUGCUCUCUGUGCACCAACGCCCUUCCUAGCUAUUAAAGAGGAAGAAAUGAUGAAAAAUAUGAAUAAAAUGAUGGAGUUGAUGAAGCAAUGGCCAAAUGUUGAUUUGAGACCCCAUUUUAAAGCCCAUAAAUCGGUUGAUAUUGCAAAACAACAGAUAAAGUUGGGAGCUGUUGGCAUUUGUUGUCAGACACUUACUGAGGCUGAAUCAGCUGUUUAUGGUGGCUCAAUAGAAGAUGUUUUCAUAUCGAAUGAAGUUAUUGGUGUAGGAAAAGUGAAAAGGGUUGUUCAAUUAGCCCUGAAAUCCAAAAUAUCCAUUUGCGUUGAUAAUGAAGAAAACAUAAAAGAUUUGAGUCAACUCGCUAAGGAAUCUAAUGCUAACUUAGAUCUUGUGAUUGAGGUUAAUGUCGGUCAGGAUCGAUGUGGUAUUAAACCUGGUGCCGAUGUUGUACCUUUAGCUAAACUUGUAGAAUCUUUACCGAACGUACACUUUAAGGGAAUUCAAGCUUACCAUGGCUGGAAUCAGCAUGUUAGAUCAGCAGCUGAAAGGAAAGAACGGACCAACACUGUUGCCGGACUAGCACAAAAAACGGUUGAGUGUCUGCAGUCGGCCAACAUUAAAUGUCCCUAUAUUACGGGUGGUGGUACGGGAACUUUCCCCUACGAAGCUGGAACCGGUCUUUUCACAGAAAUUCAACCAGGUUCCUACGUCUUUAUGGACGCUGACUACAAUAGGAAUCUGAAUGAAAAGGAGACUUUCUAUAGUGGCUUCGUUCAAAGUCUUUUUAUAUAUACAACAGUUCAAAGUAUAACUGGUGAUGAGAGAGCUGUUGUUGAUAGCGGUAUGAAAGCUGCUAGCUUAGAUUCUGGACCUCCCUUGGUGGCGGGAAAAGAGGAUUCAGUCAUCUAUCAUUCUGGCGGGGAUGAACACGGAAUAUUAAGACCGAACGAUGGCUUUAAAGUUGGACAAGUUAUUCAAUUAAUACCUGGGCAUUGUGAUCCAACUGUCAACCUUCACGAUGUUUACUAUCUGAUAGAUGGUAAUGAGAAGGUUAAAGCAAUCUUACCAGUAAAUGCCAGAGAUGCUGGCGUCUGAAAUGCUUGACAUAGAAGUAACAAACAAUUUGAAUAAUUUUGAUUAAUUCAAAAUACAAAAAGAUUAACAAUAAUAAUAAUGUAACUUCGUAAAGGAUAUUUGCAUGACGUAGAUUUAUUUACAGCUAAUAAGCCUAUAAAGAAUGAGAUUAAAUAUUACUGUUUGUUAUUUGGUAAUAUUAAAUGAUAUCUUGAAACUUAUAGCCAAAUGUAAUAUUACUCAGAGUGUAUUUAUACAAGAAGUCAUUUCAAA